CACUCCCUUAGUUGACUGUUGCAUUGCGUCGGAGCAUGAGCGUCACUUGCCUUCACAUGGUAGGGCUGAAUCCGUGCUUGGAAGAAAGAAACUUGGAAGAGGUACGUGGUUCCUUUUCCUGGCAGAAACCAGGUUUCAUUCUCCUAUUGCAUUCUGCGAUGCUACACUGGUUGGGUUUAUGCAAAGAGUAGCUCUCUUGCCUGACAACAAUUGAAAUAACCAAGGUCCAUAGUAACUGUAUAAGGAGAACCACUUCUAAUGUGCUUCAUACCUCCUGUAUGCCACAGUACGUUGCCUUCAGUAAUUCAUCUAAAUAUUUCCCUUCACACAACGUAGGCAAAAGCUCUUCAGGCAGCGGAAAUUCUUUUAUCCCUGUCAAGACCAGCCGCGCAUUUUCCUCGGAGCAGACACUCGGAUGAGCCGUGUAACUAUGGCAAUGUCCUCGAGCCCAUCAUGGAAGACCUCCGGAUACCGGCAGAAAGAUUAUUGCUUCGAAACAUGAAGUUUAAGUUGCAUCGCGUCAGGAGGAGUCCUGUCAACAAUCUCAAACCGGCACCUCAUUACCCCCCGGAGAGAAGUAAAUCCGACAAUGCAUUCCAGCAUAACUGUACCUGUGAAUCCCCACGGAAUGGAGACAUCAUCAAUUGGACUGAAAGCCAACCCUACAACAACGUUAAGUCCGUGAGUAGCACAGCGCAGAGUUACCAUGAGUAUUGUGAAAUCCCAUCUUCCCCACGAGCGUCGCUGUUAUUGCCACCGACAAACCUACCUCCAGCUCCUGUGAUGCCCAAUUUAUUUUCCGGCGUUCAACAUGAUGGAGUGCUCAAUGGACUCGGUAUUUCAACCACCAACGUAACCUUUGAUCUCUGUCACUCACCGGACUCCCAUGCUUCAUUCAACCCUCAGUCAUCAACGCCUUUUUCGACAAAUCGGAUGGAGGUAGCUCCUACUGAGUCCGGUGAUACCUUCACCCAAAUGUAUAAACAUUCCUACAGUGGAAACGCGAACUUCGUUUUUGAACUGCCAAACUCAUCCUCCUCGUCAAGUUUGGAUAGCUUUCAUUCGACGUCACCGGAACAAUCACCCAUCAACGAGUUCUACCCUCAUGGUGCAGCGAUGGCUUCCAGGGAUGCGCAUUUUGAGCCGUUGUCAUUACGAACCCCUCAAGGACAACGUGCCAAAACUCAUCGGUGUUUCUAUGUGGGAUGUAUGAAGGCGUAUUUCAAAAGCUCUCACCUUAAAGCUCACAUACGCGUCCAUACAGGUGAAAAGCCGUAUGUUUGUGAGUGGCCCAUGUGUGGUCGCCGUUUCGCCAGAUCGGAUGAACUUUCCAGACAUCGAAGGGCACACACUGGCGAACGAAAUUUCAUCUGCCCCCGGUGUCCCCGACGAUUUAGCAGGAGUGACCAUCUUACCAAGCAUUUGCGUCGACAUGAAGUGUGCACGACAGAACAAUCAGAAGUCACCCCCCAUUUUCGGCCUAAAUGACGAUAAAAUGCUCCAAGGCCACGAACUUCUGUGAUACACUUUGCUCUUUUCUAAUUUCCAUCGGCCACAUGGAGUUGUUAAUUUGCUCAAGCGUUGCGGGCACUCAUUAUGUGUCAGUGAACCCUAUUGUGCCAAAAUGUUUGUUUGAAAAAAGCUUAUUUUC